UAUUCGAUAUAAAUAUUGUUGUAACGUUAGUGUUUAGCUAGCUAACAAAUACAAUGUAAUUUAAAAGGCCUCCGAGUAACGUUAACGUAGGCCGAGGACGGAGAUUUGACCAAGACACUGACAUUUAACUAACGUUAGCAGUAGCCUUAAGGUAACCGGCGUACGCUAUUAACAAUAUACCGUAGUGGGUACACAACAAAUACAAUUUAACAUAUUAUUUAUAAUGACUCAGCGGUAACUUUAACGGUAAGCUAACGUUACCUGUCAAGGAGUCGACGAGCUAGCUAGCUAGCUAGUUAACCUAGCUAUAGCUAGCUUGAGCUGAUACCAUUGACUAGCUAGCUUUCCCAAACCAUCAAAAAAUCAACUGGGCAGUACUUAAACAGUGAGUGUAAUAAAGAAUACAUUAGUUCAGGCUUAGUAAAAAUAUAAGCAGUGAGUGUUAUAAAAAUAUAUUUCAUUCAGACUUACCAGAAAUACUGUAGGAUACGGUCACUAUACAGCUCGGUCGACCUCAGCGGCAGGGUCAGCUUUGAAUGUCGGCGUGUGAUUGGUUGUCUACGCUCGUACGGAAGUCCAAUCAGAACGCGUAAUGCGCGACUAGACGUAACUAGACGUAGCAAGACGUAGGCGUAGACCGAUAUGUUUUUAUUUAAAAUCCAAAACAUAACAACAGACCAUGGUUGUCUAAGCUACAGUGGAACAGACUUCCUUCUACAAAAUAUUUUGCAGAGUUUCAAUACAUCAGUAUAAAAACGAUUCAUCAAGAAAAUGCUUAGAUCCAAUUCUGGACCGAAAUCAUUUGCAAGACCUCGGCCUUCAGGAGGUAGGUACUCUUCUUCGAAGAAGUCCAAACAAAGGUGUGAGAGACCUUUGUCUCCUGAAGACCUCAACCCUCCCACCAUCUUGAGGGAGCACGGACAAAGGGGUGAGGGCCCUUUGUCUAGUGGAGGCACCAACCCUUCUGCCACCAUGAAGGGGCACAGGCAUUGGGGUGAGGGCCCUUUGUCUUGUGCAGAGAACCCGCCCUCGACCACCGGACAGCAAGAACAAAGGGAUGUGACCUCUUUGUUCUUCGUUGGCACCAACCCUUCUACCACCGUGAAGGAGCACAGGCAAAAGGGUGAGGGCCCUUUGUCUUGUGCAGACAACAAGGCCUCUACCACCAGGCACCGACUACUAAGGGCUGUGAGAUUUUUCUCUUCUGAUGAAGUCAAGGCUGUUACUCCAAUGCGGAAACAAGCAUGGAGGAGUGAGAGCAUCUUGUCUUCAUCUUCUGAAGACAACCAGCCUUCUACCACGAGGAGGGAGCAACCACAAAGUCCUGUGUCCUUCAUAGAAAUCAACCUUUCUACCACCUUGAGUCAGGAUGGACAAAGUGGUGGCAGCCCGUCCUCUACAUCUUCAUCUUAUGAAGAUGACGAGCCUUCUACCACGAGGAGGGAGCAAGAAAGAAAGGCUGAGAGCCCUUCUUCUUCUGAUGAAGUCGAGCCUUUUGCUCCAAUGCGGCUUCAGGCAUGGGGGAGUGAGAGCUCUUCGUCUUCCUCUUCUGAAGAAGAUGAGCCUUCUACUCCAAGGCGGCAGCAAGAAGAAAGGGCUGAGAGCCCUUCUUCCUCUUCUGAAGAAGAAGAGGCGUCUACCACCAGGCAGCAAAAGCAAAAGAAUGUGAGCUCUUUGUUUUGCGUCGGCACCAACCCUUCUACCACCAUGAAGGAACACGGGGAAAGUGGUGAGAGCUCUUCGUCUUCCUCUGAAGAAGACGACCAGCCUUCUACGACGAGCAGGCAGCAACAACAAAGUCCUGUGUCCUUCCUAGAGAUCAACCUCUCUACCACCUUGAGUCAGGAUGGACAAAGUGGUGGCAGCCCGUCCUCUACAUCUUCAUCUUAUGAAGACGACGAGCCGGCUAAUAGCUUUUUAUCCAUCCAUCUGAGUGAAAGAGGGAACUUAGGGGAUGCAAGAAAAAAUGAGGCAACAGAAAGAGUAAAAAGAGAAAGAGAGAGCUGUGAAGAGAUGAAGAACAAGAACCAGGAGGAGGAGAGGAAAACUUUUGGUCUGCUUUCAAGGAUUUACAUUUGGUGGCUCAACCGCAAGAUAGACCGCAUGGCUAGAGAAAUCCAGUCAACCGUCGUUGAUGAGCGGAACCUCCUGCGUCACGGUCCCCUUAAUUCACAGAAAAUGGCAGAAAAAGAACGACUGCUUGACCGAAGGACGAAGCUGGUUGUGUACAAACGCAGACAAGAAUUUAAGGUGGAGAGGGAAGUGAGGAAGCAAAGACUGAAGGUAAAGAGGACGGAAGAAAAGGUUUUGAAGAUGGCGAAUAUCUCAGAGUUAUGCGACAACCCAGAAAGGCCAACGCCAGACAGACGUAGACAUAAGUUAUAUAGCAUUUAAGAGAAAAGGAGAGCAAUCAGAAAAAUGGCACCAAAUAGAAAGAGAUUUGACAAAACUGAAGUAAAGAAAAGUUAAAAAUUCUAUUAAAACAUUAGCAACCACCAUCAAAUAUCCUCCCAACCACCUGAUAACACCCUAGAUGCUUUAAUUCAAUUACAAAAUGAUUAGCCCCCCUUAUGAAAUUAUACAAAUCUCUUGAUUUCUCAAGAUCCAAAAUUAUUAGCCCCCAGGUCAUUAAUAUAUUGUAAUAAUGGCCUGGGGGCUAAUAUUAUAUUAAAAGUGUACCCUUUCUGAGCCAUAACUGACAACAAGCUCUUAGAGUAGUUCUUUACUAGGAUGGCUCAGGUCUCCUGAGGGAUUUUGGCCCAUUCUUCUAUUGCAAAUUGUUCCAGCUGGUCUAAAUUGCGUGGUUUCCGAGCAUGGACAUUCCCUUUGAGCCCCCGCCACAGAUUCUCAAUAAGAUUGAGGUCUGGGCUCUGUGUGGGCCACUCCAGGACCUUGGUUUUGGUAUCAUUCAGGAACUGUUGGACCAAUUUCGAUGUAUGCUCUGGGUGAUUGUCAUUUUGGAAGACCCAGCGACAAUCUAAGGAUAGACUACAGAUUUCUGCACAUUGUCCGUCAGAAUUUCAACAUAAUUUUCCUUUUCCGUGAUGCCAUGCACCCGAACAAGGCUCCCUGGUCCUGAGGCUGCAAAACAGCCCCACAGCAUGAUGCUCCCCCCACCAUGUUUAACUGUGGGAACCGUGUUCUUAUGGUUGAAGGCCUCUCCCUUUCUUCGCCAAUCCUGAGCAACAUCCAUGUGCCCAACCAGUUCCAGUUUAGUCUCAUCAGACCCAAGCGCAGACUUCCAAAACUCAUCUUUACCUUUUAAAUGUUCACUGGCAAACCUCAGUCUGGCUGUGAUGUGCCGCUCUUUGAGUAAAGGGGUUCUUCUGGGACGAUGGCUCUGAAUCCCACCACGAUGAAGAGCCCUCACGUCUGUGUUCCUUGAAACAUCAACUCCAGAAGAGGCUAGGUCAGCAACAAUCAUCUUGCUGACAUCUCUGACUAUUUUCCUCUCCACAGUUCUUGCGUGUGCUUACGACCACGCCCAGGUUUGUUUCUUACAGAAUUUGUCUCCUUGUACUUGCAACGUACAGGAAUGGCUAUAAGGGGGAAGGCUAUACUGCCAUUUCCAAGCAUUUGGAAAUGGCAGUAUAGCCUUCCCCCUUAUCAUCAGCCUCCACUCUCUUCUUUCUGACCUUAAGACUGAUUUCCUUUGUCUUUGGCAUGGUGAGUAUAUGUAGUUGUAGUACUAGUUUUCAGUUGCCUCUCAAUGAUGUGUUUAAGUGCACUAUGCAUUGGAAUCCUUUUACCCUGAUUAAAUGCCCAGGUGUUGUUAGGAAGCCAAUUGACUGCACAGGUGUUGUUUUAAAGCUGAUUGGUUAAUUAGCUUUGUUUUGAAAGCAAAAAUUCACAUGGUGGCUAAUAUUUUUGACCACCCCAUUUUCACUAUAUUUGAUGUAAAGUAAGCCUAAAAAUGUAUUUUAUAUUCCAAAAUGUACCAGAAGCUACUAAAGAGCAUUGGUGAAUGUUUGAUCAUAUCAAGUUUUAUUGAGGCUUUGUGCCAGACAUGUUAUAGCCCAAUGUGUUAUGUUAUGUGUGUUAUGUGGGCAGCUGUUGUCUUCCUGUGUGUGUCUCUCCCCUUUUCCCCCACUGUGUCUGUGUGUGUGUAUGUGUGUACGGCCGGUCGAUCUACCUCUCUGCACAGCUGCUGGUUAUUCCACUUACCAACUCUACAGUAUUUAUUCCUGGGUGAAGCUCACCCCCGGCGCCAGAUCGAUGCACCUACCAGUGAGACCUACGCCUCCAGACCUGUUGCCGUGGCUCAUCACGCUCAAGCCUUCCUACCUUCCCUCUUGGAUUCCAGAAAGAAAGUUUGGAUCCAGCACUGCCUGCCCUCCUCGGCCCCUAUCCAGCUCGGAGUCAGCCUACCUUGUGUUUUCUGUCCUUGGCUGCU